AUGUUCAUUGAUAUGUUGAAUCACCCUGAUUAUCACCAGUACAACUACGAUAGCAUCCGAUCAGGUUUCAUAGCUGGUGCCCCGUGUCCAAUAACGUUGUGUCGGCGUCUGGUGAACGAGAUGCACAUGCGUGACAUGCAGGUUCUGCUAUGGUACGGACCGAGGACGUCACCGGUGUCAUUCAUGUCAAUCCGGGAUGAUCCACCCGAACAGCGUAUUAAGAGUGUCGGGCAUAUCAUGGAUCACCUUGAGGCGGCCAUUGUUGACAAGCAUGGCAAAAUUCUUCCACGAGGUGAAAAGGGUGAAGUAAUCGUUCGUGGAUAUUCGGUAAUGCGGUGCUACUGGAAUAGCGAAGAGCAGACGAAAAAAGAGAUCACUGAGGAUCGAUGGUAUCAUACGGGUGACAUUGCUGUGAUGCAUGACAAUGGUACGAUCUCAAUAGUUGGCCGCUCAAAGGAUAUGAUUGUACGGGGUGGUGAGAACAUCUACCCAACUGAGGUCGAGCAAUUCCUCUUCAAGCAUCCAAAGAUCGAAGACGCCCAUAUUGUUGGUGUACCUGACGAAAGAUACGGCGAAUCGGUAUGUGCCUGGAUUCGAUUACACGAAUCGGCUGUUGGUGAAAUUAAUGAGGAGCACAUCAAGAACUGGUGCAAAGGAAAGAUCGCUCACUUCAAGAUUCCACGCUAUAUCCUUUUCAAGAAGGAGCACGAAUUCCCGCUCACAGUAACUGGAAAAGUGAAAAAAUUCGAAAUCAGGGAACAAUCAAAGAUCGAACUCGGCCUGCAACAGGUCGUUUCUCACUUCCAAGCGAUUUGA